AUGUUGGUGACCCAGGACUACGUGGCGGUGAAGGAGGAUGAGAUCAGUGUGGUGCAGGGUGAGGUGGUCCAAAUGCUGGCCAGCAACCAGCAGAGCAUGUUCCUGGUGUACCGGGCCGCCACCGAGCACUGCCCCGCGGCCGAGGGCUGGAUCCCUGGCUUCGUGUUGGGACACACCUCAUCCUCCAUCACGCCCGAGCUCCCCGAAGGAACCAUCAAAAAAUCACUGUCGUGGCACACGGCGCUCCGCAUCCGCAGGAAAUCGGAAAAAAGGGACAAGGAAGGGAGGAAAAUGGAGAACGGCCACCGCAGGUCUCAGGACGGCCUGGCCAACAAAGUCUCCGUGAAGCUUCUCAAUCCCAACUUCAUCUACGACGCUCCCCCAGAGUUCCUCAUCCCCGUGGGCGACGCGGCGUGCGAGAGCGGCGACAGCGUCACCCUGAGGUGCAGGGUGUGCGGCGGGCCCCGGGCGUCUGUCACCUGGCGAGGCCCCGACCACAGGCCCCUGAGCGGCGACGGCCGCUGCAGCGUCACCUACAGCGAGACGGGGGAGGCAGCGCUGCGCAUCCUGGGGGUCUCUCCCGAGGACGGUGGGGUGUACACUUGUGUUGCCACCAACGUCGCCGGCUCCGUCACCUCCUCCGCCAGCCUUCGAGUCUCAGGAAUUCAUGAUGAUGGCAGUGAUGUUCUAUGGAAAGGUAGCUUUGAGUCCUACUACACUGAGAUCACUGAGCUAGGAAGGGGCCGGUUCUCUGUGAUCAAGCGCUGCGACCAGCGAGGGAGCAAGAGGACGGUGGCGGCCAAGCACGUCAACAAGAAGCUGCUGCGGCGCGAGCAGGUGCUGCGGGAGAUCAGGCUCCUACAGGCCCUGGAGCAUCCCAACGUGGUCAAGCUGCUGGACACCUACGAGACGGCCCACAGCUACGUGCUGGUGCUGGAGAUGGCAGAGCAGGGGCGCUUCCUGGAUUACAUCGUGAGCUGGGGCAACCUGACGGAGGAGAAAGUGGCCCUGUACCUCAGAGACGUUCUGGAAGCUCUUCACUACCUGCACAGCUGGAGGAUCGCACACCUGGAUCUCAAACCGGAGAACAUCAUGGUGGAACACGCCUCGUCCCAGCCCAUAAUCAAGCUGACAGACUUCGGUGACGCCGUCCAGCUGAGUCCCGCCUGCUCCUACGUCCAUGCUCUGCUGGGCAGCCCAGAGUUCUCUGCUCCUGAGCUGAUCCUGGGUCAGCCCGUUUCCCUGAUGUCUGACCUGUGGAGCUUAGGGGUGGUGACCUACGUCGUGCUAAGCGGCGCCUCUCCCUUCCUGGACGAGAGUCUGGAGGAGACGUGCCUGAACAUCUGCCGCCUGGACUUCAGCUUCCCCGAGGACUACUUCCAGUGCGUGAGCGCGGGCGCCCGGGACUUCGUCCGCCUGUUGCUCCAGCGCGAGCCGGAGCGCCGGCCCUCGGCGGCGGCCUGCCUGGAGCAGCCCUGGCUCCAGCCUCGAGGGCAGCUCGCCUUCGGCCACGCUCAGCUGCCGCCUCAGGGCCGUCACACGGCACAUCUGGACACCUCCAGACUCAUCUCCUUCAUAGAGAGGCGGAAACACCAGAACGACGUGCGGCCCGUCGGCUCGGUCAAGGCCUUCUUGCACAGCCGUCUGCUCAACCACGCCUGUAGGUAAAUGUAGGGAGCCUGUACUCUAGUUUGGAUGAUUCGCACCUAAAGGAACCUGGAACCUGGAUUUCCUUCUCCGUCACUAAGCCACAAACGUCCUGCUGCUGCUGACUGACUGACUACUCUGCUGAUUAACCCCCUGACUCCCCCCCCGAACCUUUGGCAUACUGUCCUUAUGCCGGCACAACAAAGCGAAAACUUUUGGAGUCCGUCUGAGAUUCCGAACCUUGACUCAGCAGGGAGAAAACCAAGCUUUCUUGACCCGCGAGCGCGAGCGAGCCUUGCGUCGGGGACAGAAAAUAGAAAUACUGUACAAUAAGAGUUAUUGAGGCUGCUUUGGGUUGAACACGAGAAAAUGUUGCUUUUGUAAUGAAAGAAUUACUUUUUGUAAAUGAAACAAUGUACAGCGAGGAAACAGAGACCUGUCUUUAUUGAUACAGAACCUUUUGGAAAACAAAGGUCAGCGAGUCAAUAGCUAAGAAAACAAGACAAACGUGUGAACUUCUGCUUCGACCAAACCCACGUUUUGCCGGAAACACAUUGUAGUGACACACAGUGCAAUAGUCUGCUGAUCUUUACGCUCCUGUUUCAGUUCAAUAGGUGUUUUCAUUUCCGUUUACGCGUCUAGGCGAAAUAUAGUAACUGUAAAAGCAUUGAAGCAUUGAAGCAAUUCAGCCUGCAUCCGCCUUACUCGUAGAUGAAGUAAUCCUGCCUCUCGUCCUCGUGUGCAAAAAUUACUCUCGAUUGAACGCAGCCGCUGUCACUCGCUGAGCCGAGGCGAGUCACUUCCAGCUGAAAUCUCACUAUGAACAAAACGGCUUCUGAAAACGCACUCCACGUGUUUUGCAUCGAUUCCCAUGUGCAAUGUUGCAGCUUUAACAUUUAUGCAACUAUUUAUGAAGACUUGUGUUGUAGCUAUAUUCUUAAAAAAGGCAUGUACGUAUCUGGUACUGCAGUAGAUGUCUGUAUUGUGUUAACUCUUCUGUAUUGAUUUCAGUAUUAAUAUCUGCGGAACCUCCCCACACAGGAGGAGGGUUUCCAGAAAUGAUGUAUAAAAAUGUGUAUCUAUGAUAUAUAGGCACUUAUGAUUUCAUUUUGUCCUCGUUAUGUUUUCUUUUCUGUAACAAAACCAAAGUUGAUGACCCUUUCUUUUCAUGUUAAGUUAUAACAGAGCACAGGUGAAGCAGACCAACGAGUGUUUACACGGGCUCCGUCUGGCUUUAUUUAUUCUUACUGUAAUAAGAACAUGUUGGUGGUAUGUUGCUGGGAAAAUUUGAUAUUUCACUUGUCUUUUUUUUCUCAAGCUGUGCACAAAGUGGUUUGCUGUGUACAUUUGUUCGGUAGAUGCUGUUGUAUGUUGCUCGACUGUUUCACGUCUCAGUUCGAUUAAUCGCCAUGAGCUUCAGACACGCGGUUCUUCAUCAGCCGUGACACGUCUCCGCCGCGACACAAAUCUCUUCCAGUUGUUCUUGUUUUGACGUCGAACCUCAUCCUGAAAAGUGCCGUAGAGUGAAUCACCCCCGGCGACGCGAGUGAAGCAUCGCCUCCGUUCAAGGCUGUUAUCGUUACUGUCCGAUUUUCCAGACCGCGUUGGGUUCAACGCCGUGCGUCUGUACAGUCUCUCAUUUUGCGUCAUGUUUAUUUAUUGCUGUGAAUCUGGGUUUCCCAAAAUCAUGCUGUCAACCUGUGUGUGAAAUCCCCUGGAGGCCUAAGCCAGUGAAAAAGAAGGAUGUAUGUAAUAAAAUGCCUUUGGGAAACUCAGCCUGUUCAUGAUGUAAAGAUGUACAGAGAGGGUCGAGCAGUUUGACCAGACCCACAAAGUAAACCUCAUAACUAUGUCAUAUUUUAAAUACAUAGAACAAGACUGCAGCAAUGUCAUUUUGAAUGUCUUACUAUGAAUUCUUUUUACUUUUGCAUGUAUAUUUCUUUGUACAGAAGACUGUGUUUAUGUCAUUGUAUGUGCUGUAAAUAUUUUAUUUCGUCCUGUUUUUUUUUUGUUUUCUUUUUUUGUCAUUAAACGUAAAAGGAACAACGGG